CAAGUCGGCAAGUUUCAUGUGCAUUUAAAUUUUUGGAAGAAAAAAGAAAGGAAAUUUAAAGGAUUUGCGAGAUGAAUACUCUGCAAAAGUUGAGACCAUUGAGCAAUUUGACGCGAGUGAUGUACCAUCCGAUGGUUGUCAGUCACAGAACGCGCGUCACGACUCCAAUUAACACUGUCAUAAUGUUCGUGCCACAACAAGAGGCCUGGGUUGUCGAGCGAAUGGGAAAAUUCAAUCGAAUUUUGGAGCCUGGACUUAAUCUUUUGCUGCCAAUUGUCGACAAAGUCAAGUACGUACAAAGUUUGAAGGAAAUCGCCAUCGACAUCCCCAAACAGAGCGCCAUCAGUUCCGACAACGUCACUCUCAGCAUCGACGGAGUCCUUUAUUUGCGAGUUCUUGAUCCUUAUUUGGCGUCUUAUGGCGUCGAAGAUCCCGAAUUCGCCAUCACACAACUCGCACAAACGACCAUGAGAUCCGAAUUGGGCAAAAUUGCGUUGGACAAAGUCUUUCGGGAGCGCGAAUCGUUGAACAUCAACAUCGUCGAGGCGAUUAACAAGGCAAGCACCGCUUGGGGCAUCAGUUGUUUGCGUUACGAAAUCCGCGAUAUUCGAUUGCCGACACGCGUUCACGAAGCGAUGCAGAUGCAAGUCGAGGCAGAACGGAAAAAACGCGCAGCAAUUUUGGAAUCCGAAGGUAUUCGAGAGGCGGAUAUUAAUGUCGCCGAAGGUAAACGUCAAGCGAGAAUUUUGGCUUCCGAAGCCGAGAAACAGGAACAAAUUAAUCAGGCGUCGGGUAAAGCGGCUGCAAUUCUCGCAAUUGCUGAAGCUAAGGCGAAACAAAUCAGUACGAUCGGAAAUUCAUUGGAAAUGAGCAAAGGAAAGAACGCUGCCUCAUUAUUAGUCGCUGAAAAAUACGUCAAAGCAUUCGGAAAUCUCGCCAAGACAAACAACACCGUUAUACUGCCUGCCAAUGCUAACGAUAUCUCAGGAGCCGUCGCCUCAGCAAUGACAAUUUACAAAAGUCUAAACGAGAAAGGAUACCAAACGCAAGCGAUUGAAGACCUAAAUGACGAUGAUUAUGAUUUAACAGGAGCAACAGUAACGAUUCCGCCGACACGAACUGCUUCAGAAGAUAAGAAAAGAGACGAGUAGAACUUAAAAAAAAAUUAAAGUAUUCGAUGCUUAUAUGAAUAUAUUGUAAAAGGAAUAAAGAGGAUGGAUGAAAAUUAUUAGAAAAAAUA